UGUUAAGAAAAAAAAUAAAAUAAUUUAAUUGGAGACUAGAUAUUUAACUGAAUAAAAUGUCUGCUGUUCUAAAUCACGCAAUUCGCCGCCAAUUGGUGGCAACUGGAGCCAGGAACAUGUCCGGCACUGCUGCCGUGGCUGGUGAACAUUCCGGUGGUUACAAGGUCUGGAAGCGUCUGUCUUUCUUCGUGGCUGUUCCAGCCGUUGGUCUGUGCAUGUUGAAUGCCUACCUGAAGCACCAGGAGGAGCAUGACCAUCCCCGCCAGGAAUUCGUCAAAUACGAGUAUCUGCGCCGCCGUGAGAAGCGCUUCCCUUGGGGCGAGGGCCAAAAGAGUUUGUUCCACAACCCCCAUGUUAACCCAUUGCCCGAUGGCUAUGAGCACUAAAUAGGCGUGUGCGCGGGGAGAAACGAGAAGGAUAGAUGAGGACGAUUGUGUAGUUUGUUUGGUAAUCAAAACUGGCCUGGCGUAUUCACAUUUCAAGUUGUUAAGAUAAGCGAAAUAUACAGACACAUGUUGCCGCUGCCCAAUGGAAAUCUUAUUGAAAUGGAAUAAAAACUGAAUCAGUGAAUCGAA